AUGGUGCCUACUGAACAUCAGAAAGAUGUUAUAUUAACGUCUUUUUCAACUCUAUCUAUUCUGCAGUUAAUUAAGGAUGCACAGCAGAAGCAUGGAUUACGUCAUGGAGAUUAUCAGAGAUAUCGAGGUUACUGUGCGCGUCGUGUUCGGAGGAUUCGAAAAUCACUUGGGUUCACCCAUGUACAUAAAGGCGUUCCGAAGCACGCUGCAAAAUUCAUUCCAAGAAAGCUGACAUUUAAUGUUAUCACUGAAGAAAAGUUUCUCCAAGUAGCAGUUUUUGAUGCUGAAAGAAAUUGGUCGUAUGCAAUUCAACUAAAACAAGAAGCUGGUGAAGACGCACAUUCAAGAAAACGUUUUCAUAUGAUUGGAAAACUACGAAGAGCGGUAAAGCAUGCAUCGAAUCUCGAAAAUAUCAUCAAAAGUUGUGAAAAUGUAGACGCAGUGACAAGACUAGAAUCGCAGGCAUAUAAUUCAUGGAUGCAUGGUUGUCUUCGUUUUGAAUUGAAGGAGUGGAAAGGAGCUUUGGAAUGUUUCAGAACAGCUAAAAAAAUAUAUGAAAAACUUGCUACAGUUGUGAAGCUACCUAAUUUAGUGGAACUCUACAAAGUAAGGUGUCGAGAAAUACAGCCGCAAAUGCGCUAUUGUGAGUUCAAUUGUGGUGACGAUGCUAGUUGUGAUGCUGCAAUGUCUGAGAUGAUCAAUAUGAGACUACAACUGAGUGAGGAGGAAGGUGUUUUACAAGAAGACUUUGAUAAACUAAUAGCGGAGUUACGUACAAAAGCCGUCGUGCAUUGUAUAAAGGAUAUUGAGUGGGGUAAUGAAAAAGUUCCUGUAACGAAUGAUAAUGUCAGAAACCUUUUACAAGCUCUUGAGCAGUUUGACCACGAGCUUGUACAAACAACAAUUCAUGAAGAUAAGAUGACUCUUUAUGAUCAGUUGUUAAGCAAUAUCCGCGAUGUAAUACAAGUAUUGAAUGAGGAACAGAAGAAAUUAGUUGAUAAUGAAACUCACAUUGGUGACGAACAGUUUCCGAAUCGGCUAACUAUUAUUUAUCUGGAAUUUAUGCGUCUCAAAAGAACUAUUGAACGUUACGUCAUGAUCAUUACACAUACAAAGACACAGACCGAAAAGAAAAUCAAACCACAGGAUCUGAUUCGUUUAUGCGAUACAGUGAUUGAAAACAGUUGUUUAAUUUUGCAACUGCCAGGUGUUGCAAAAAAUAAAGAUUUGGAACUAGCAUACAAAGCGAAAGCAGAAUAUUAUCGAGCACUCAGAUGCUUCUGUUUGGCUGAGGCACAUGCAGCUUUAGCAAAGUGGAAUGAAGCUAAUGUUUUAUACGAUCGGGCUGUAGAUCGAGCUUCGAACACUUCACUGUUGCUAAAAAACGCGGAAGGAAAUCCUUUCAUCGUAGAAAAAGAAAUUGAUGUGAAGAAUUUGCAUGAACAAAUAACAGCAUCAAAAUUUUCUACUCAAGCAAAUCGUCUUGCUGAAGCUGCAGGUGGCAAUAAAUGGGAUGAAAAACAAGAAAAUUCCGAUAAUAAACCUAUCAUUGAUACUUUGGACGAAUUUCGUAAAAUCACACUCAAAGACUUGCAUAAAACAGAGCAAAAUAUUCGCAUAAUAUCAGUGCCUCCUUCAUUCAUUCCAAUGCCGAACAAACCCAUGUUCUUUGACUUAGCCCUGAAUCAUAUAAAGAUGCCGGAUUUAGAAUUGAAGAUCGCGUCUUAUGGAUUCGAGAAGAAGGGCACAUCGCAAAGCAAUGAAAAGAUAAAAAAAGGAGCCAAAUCAAAGCAGGAUAAACAGGAUGCGAGUCAACAAGGGAUUGGGGGUUUGGUAAAGGGAUGGUUUUGGCGGCAAUAA